GACGUGAGUUUUUAUGUAACCAACGAGUGUCCACAGGGAAAGUCUGUAGAGUACCUACUCGAGGAGAUGAAUAGUCGCGUUAACCGAGGAGACGGCUAUUUCUCGUAACAUUGUUCUUUCAUCAUGUCGCUCCAGGAGCCAGAUGAGGAAGCGACGGGGGGGAGGAGCGCUUUUUUGAUAGGCACCGAAAAGGACGACGUCCCCGAGCAGGAGGACGUGGACCACCAUCAGCUCAUCCUGCUAAAAGCCAAUGCUUUAACCUCGGAGAACUCCCUUAAAGAGGCCAUUUACUGGUUCUCGAUGGCCUCGCGCUACGGGCCCGUGAAACCCGAACAGCUAAGCACGUUUGUGGACUGUAUAGUGCGAAAUCUAAAAGAAAAGACUGCCUACGGGUCGGUCUCGCCGCCCAAGGUGGACUCGAAAGAGCAGGAUAGCUGCUGGGAUCAAGUGUUUGACUGCCCCAGUUGCAACAGUUUUUUAGGGGAACCCGUGACAUUAGCGUGUGGACACUCAUUCUGCAAGAGAUGUUUGCAACGAGGGCUGCUCUCCAGUUGCAAGUUGUGCCACGAACCGGUCAGACGCGAAGGCAAGCCCAACGUGAUUUUGUGCGGACUCUUAGCCAAAUGGUUCCCCAGCGAGGUGAAACGGUUCAAAAGACUAAGCGAAGUGGAUGAACUGUGUCUGCGGAAUCGCUGCGUGGACGCCGUGAGGCAAGCGAGCGAUAUGAUCCAAGCAGAACCCAAAACAACAGCGGAUGUACGACUCUUAAGAGCAGAAGCAUAUACAUCUCUAAAACAAUUUGAUCUAGCUCUGGAGGACACUGAGUUUUGUCUUGCAUCUGGCUGUUCCGCUGAGGCUUUGUUUAGAAAAGCCAUGGUGCUUCACGAGAUGGGCGAAGUAGAUCAAUCCCUCCAAGUCUUCCUCAAUUGCCUUGCUGUGGACGAAGAUUUCCCCUGCGCAAAACGACAAGUAGAAAAGAUUUUGUGUGACCUGCUCUCUUCGGCUAACGACAACAUCAAGGUCGGCCUGAGGGAAACGGCGCAGAAUACGUCACCCCACUUACGCAGUAAAAGCCUUGUGGCCGGUGCCCAAGUUGGGUCACAAAUUCCAGUCCAAAGACAAAGCCAACACCAUGUCCGCGCUGUGUCGGCACACCAGCAAACAGACAAGCAGGAGAAACGCUGGGAGAGUCUUGAGCGUACCGGUCUGAGUCGAGCUCAUUCCCUGCGACGUAACGGCCCCAGUUCUGGCGAGCUGGGACUGAAGAGGGUGUGCUCCGCCCCUCAGCUUGGGGACCAGGAGAAGGCAAGUCUGCUGAAGAGGAAGUUGUCCAUUUCUGACAUUGAGCCUUACAUUGUGGACAGCGGAAGUAGCAAGUAUAAAAAGCAAGGUGUGAAAACUUCUCCCAAAACUAAAGCUUACAAAAGUGUUCUUGAGGAUCUCAUUGAUGCCAAUGACCUUGAGUGCUCUCUCUGCAUGAGGUUAUUUUACGAGCCUGUGACAACGCCGUGCGGCCACACCUUUUGUAAAAGCUGCUUGGAACGCUGUUUGGACCACACGCCACAUUGCCCCCUGUGCAAAGAGAGCCUAAAAGAGUAUCUAGCGUGUAGAAAGUACACUGUGACAAGCAUACUGGAUGUGCUGAUCAAACAGUAUUUUAGUCAGGAGCAUGAGGUGAGGUCCAAGAUUCACCUGGAGGAGACCAGAGAGCUUUCUGACUUGACAAAGAACGUGCCUAUCUUUGUUUGUACCAUGGCGUACCCUACGGUGCCUUGCCCGCUGCAUGUAUUCGAGCCACGUUAUCGCCUCAUGAUCCGCCGCUGCAUGGACACGGGCACGCGGCAGUUCGGGAUGUGUAUCAACGACCCCCAGAAAGGGUUUGUCGACUACGGCUGUAUGCUCAUCAUCCGGAGUGUUCACUUCCUGCCUGAUGGUAGAUCCGUGGUGGACACUAUCGGAGGGAAGCGCUUCAGAGUCCUGUCCCGAGGAAUGAAGGACGGUUAUAGUAUUGCUGACAUUGAGAAUUUGGAAGACACGAGGGUGGAAGCCAGAGAAGAGCUCGAGAGCCUACAAGAGCUCCACGAUGCUGUAUACAAUCAAGCCCGUGUCUGGUUCCAGAAUCUCAAGAUCCGCUUUCACAACCAGAUCCUUCAGCACUUUGGACCAAUGCCCGAGAGGGAAGCUGAUAUCCAGGCGACUCCUAACGGACCUGCGUGCUGCUGGUGGCUACUGGCUGUGCUGCCCAUCGACCCGCGCUACCAACUGUCUGUCCUCUCCAUGACCAGCCUCAAAGAGCGUCUGGUGAAGAUCCAACACAUUCUCACCUAUCUGCAGAGCAUCCCCAACAGUUAGGAGCUUCCUCGUCUCGCCUCCACCACACCGCCAAUUGGAAACUGUAAUGAACCCCUACAUCUGAUCCUUCCGCACACAGCUAUGCUGUGAAAACAUUCUUGAACUUGCGGAAAUGUGGCCAAACCGCCUCAGGGAUUCUUCCAGUGACGCACAAUAUUUUGUUUUCUCAAACAUGAAUCACGACAGAUCAAGUGUCUGUCACCUUUCUGGAAUAUGGUGAGGAACUUCCUGAUGCACGGUAGUGUUGUCAAGGCUUGUGUACACCAUUGAAGUGGACAUCAUUGAGAUGGACUGAGGAUGUUGGUUUGGGUCACGUCCCACCUGUUGAAAGUGGGGUGGAAGGGGAGCGGGCAAGAUUCUGUCGGGAAAAUCCAGAAUGCUGCACAAACAACUACAAGAGGAUAAAAGGUCUACAUUAUACCCAAGUGCAACCAAACUGACAUUGAUGGUUUACGCUGGCCCUGUUAUCGAACAAUAAUCAGAUUGCCCACAUGGUUGUCUUGUUUCCACUGUCUUGUUCACUCUACUUCCAUCAUGUCCCAAACUUCCUGUUGACAUCAGAUAUGUUGUUGCCAUGUGGCCAUGCUCAAAUACUCAUGACCACAAAUUGUCAUCCUGAAUGCACGCUUGUCAAAAUCUUCCUCCCUGGCCUAUUUACUGCAAAAAUCUUCCAAGGCUUGUCACUUAGAACGGGAGUUAUUUAUGAAUCCAACUACUUCUCAAUAUCACAAUAUUCAGUUACUCCUGCUGAAUUAAGUGGAAGGAUAACAAAUGUUUGUAUAUUGUGACCUUAUUUUUUGUGUCGACGUUUUGAAUAGGGGAUAUUGCAAUAUGAAGCCACCAAACCAGUGUAUAUGCAUCUAGAAGGCAAAACUUUAAUAUUAUUAAUAUUCCAUAGACGCCCCUCUCUCUCUGCUUCCAUGAGAGAACCUGUUGCCUUACACUCUAUGAAUUUGUGGUUUGAAGUUACACUAUACUUGGUUUAUCAUUCUUUUACAUCUUGAUGUAAAGUAUCAUCAAAUUGGGAUUUAUUUUUCCAGCAGUCCAAAGCACCAUUUCUUCACUAUGUUGGAAAGAUACAAGUUCAUGGCUGCUUUGCAUAAAUCAGUUGUAAAGACAUUUUUUUUAUCUUGCUAUUUGCUCCGUGUGUUAAGUUAAUAAAAAUACUUUUUUUUAGUAGGGUCUA